UGGAAGAUGAUAGGCUUAUAAUUCUGUUGUUGCCGACACACUGGGAGGAUUUGACAGCCUACAUUACGUGCUUGUCUGAUUGUAGUUGAUAUUCGGAGUAAAUUAUCUUGUUGAGUCCACAUCCAACUUCUGAAAGAGUUGUGAAGACGGUGUUGAGUGUGGAGCAGGUAGAAGGUGUGGGAGCCCAUGUCCGCAGAAGCAUAGGAAGAAAGGAGCUGAUUAACCUGGAUCCUUUCUUGAUGUUGGAUGAGUUCAAAGUCAAAAAGCCAUCUGGCUUCCCCGAUCACCCCCACAGAGGCUUUGAGACCGUGA